CGGGAUACUAUGGAGGCCGCCCCUGGAAAGUCCAGUGGGGUCCACAAGGAGAUGGCGUUGCGACUCUUGCAACGCCGACUGCAUACCUCCGGCCUCCUCUGGCGAGGGGGCCCGGGAAGAGGCUGGCAUCCCAGUCCAUCUUCUUGCCCAAAGGGAAGAAGUCCCGAACUGCCGAGAAUUAUGCUGGAACUAUUGUAAAGUGGAGUCUGACUCCGAGAGUCAGUCCUUCGAGGGUGGCAGUCAGGGGGACGCCCCGACAUCUCUUCACAAGAUCCAUUUGUCCAUGCACUCCGAUUCUACCUCCCUAUUCCGUCAAACGAUCAAUCCGGUCUCCCUGGCCUUCGCUAUGACCCCACCGGCUGAUGGAGAGGAGAUUGGAAGUCUUUCUCCCCGGUUAGCUCUCCGGUGUGCAGUUCACUCCAUUUCUGAGGCUUUUGUCCUUGUUGCCUCCAUCUCUCGUCGCUUGGAUGGGGAGGAAGAGGAGGCUCAAGGCUAGGCCGACCACCAUAAGAAGGUGGUGGCGGACCUGGAGGCUCUCUGAGAUGCCGCGAUGAGGGAGGCCAGAGAAUUGCAGAAGAAAUUGACCAAUGUUGCUGCUGUUGAAAUGGAGCUGAGGAAGAAGGUGGAGGAGGCCGACCGUGCUGUUGUUCAGGCACUGGAAUGGCUGUCAACUCCUGAAGGGGAGGUGAAACUGGAUGAGGAGGGGGCACUUUGCUUCCAGCUGGGUAGGUAUGGCAUGCAAAAGGCCAUCUACGAGGUCCUGCUUGGGAGAGACCCCUCCUUUACUGCUUCAUCAUGGGGUUUGCCCGAGCCAGUGGUCAAUCUGGAAGCCUCCCAGGUCAGCCCUGCUUCAUAAGCUCCUCCUUCUCCUACCG